AUGUCAGCGAAAGUGGUUGAUUUAAAUGUCGGCGGAUGCUUCUAUACCACACAGUUGAGUACUUUGACCACAGUUCGAGGCUCGAAGCUCACCAAGUGGUUCAGUGAGUCUCCCUGCACUCUACCCUUAGAUAAAAGCGGUCGUAUAUUUAUCGACAGAAACGGAGAAAUUUUUUCCUACAUUUUGGACUAUCUACGCGAUCCAAAGAGCGUUGUCCUCCCUGAAUCAACCACAACAUUGAAGCGCCUUCGAAUUGAGGCAGAGUUCUACGAGUUACCCAAUCUAAUUGCAGCGAUUCAAGAUACUAAACGGAACGCACCGUGUACUAUUACCCUGAGCUACAGGGCGCAGAUCCCCAAUGGUCGAGACACUUUGGUAGACGUUCGAUUUCGAAGAAUUACACGUAUUCUCGUCUCCGGUAAGAGUUCGGUGUGCCGAGAGGCCUUUGGUGAGACCUUGAACGAAAGUCGAGCGCCUGAUUGUGGACCUGAGGAUAACCGCUACUCGAAUCGGUACUAUCUUACACACAACACCCUCGAGAUGGCGUUUGAUAAACUGUUGGAAGCUGGAUUUACUCUCGCCGGGUGUUGUGGCGAGACGUCGGUAGAAACAGGAAACCAGAGAAGCAAGUCAAUAGGAGAUUUUGAUGGAAGCAGGAACCAAUUUUUCCACGAAUUCUAUUUUGUCCGGAAAAAGUGA